GCAGUGCCUCUUUCCGAGCUUCAUCCAUGUUUCUCUCUCUAAUUCUCUCUCUCUAAAAAAUAUCCAAAAUAUUUACCCCUCUUGCCCCUUGAAAAAAAAAACGUCAUAUAUUUUUGACACAUAUAUUUUUCAUGAUUAAAAUUUAUAAAGUUUUAUACCUAUAUUAUUAUAAAACAACAAUGUUAAAAUUGACAAACACUGCUGACAAUUAUCUGUCAAUUAUUGUUCAAUAGUUUAUAUUUUUUUUUUUUUACCAACAAAACGACAAUAACCUGUCAAAUGUAUGACAUAAAAAAUAUAUAAUAUUUAUACAUAUGAUUGUUGAUAAUUUAAUAAAUUAUAAUAAAAAAAAUUUCUAACAAAAAAUGGAUGUUUCGGAGUCAAUGAUAAAUUGUCAAUUUAAUGAUGAAAAUAAUCAAAUAAUGGAAUAUCAUAUUGAUGAUUUACCAGAUGAAAUAUUGGAGUAUAUAUUAAAUUUAAUACCACCAUACAAGUGUCUCAAGGAAUGUAAAUUUGUUUGUAAACGUUGGAGUAAUUCUGUAAAACGUGUUAUUGAUCAUAAAAAUGCAUAUUUUAAUAAAUCAAUAUUAUCUGGAUCAUUAGAAUGGAGUAGAUCAUUAACAUCAUCAACAAAUCAUAAAAAUGUAUUAAUAAGUAAUCGUCAUUCUCAUUCAACAUGUACAUAUGGUAAUAGUAUGUAUGUAUUUGGUGGUUGUACUGGAACAAGUACAACAUUUAAUGAUUUAUGGAGAUUUGAUUUAGAUACACAUAAAUGGAAUAGACCAAUGCCAAUUGGUAAUUAUCCAUCACCAAAAGCAUGUGCAACAAUGGUUUAUUAUAAAGAAUCAUUUGUAUUAUUUGGUGGUUGGUCAUAUCCAUCAACAUAUCCACCACAUCAAAGAAGAAAAUUAUUUAAAGAAUUACAUGUUUAUUGUAUUAAAAAUAAUAGAUGGAAUGUUAUUAAUUGUUCGGGUGAACCACCACCAACAUCAGCACAUUCAGCAACUGUACAUGGUAAUACGAUGAUUGUAUUUGGUGGUGUCAGCGUUAAUUACAGCAGUAACAAUGACGUUUGGUGUAUUGAUUUGGAUACUUAUACUUGGCAUAAACAAGCAACAUCUGAUAUUAAACCACAGCCAAGAUAUGGUCAUUCACAAAUUGAACUUGAUGAAAAAAAUUUAAUGAUUAUUGGUGGUUGUACUGGGCCAAAUGCAGCUAUGAAUGAUGCCUGGUUAUUAAACAUGGAUGGACCAAUAUGGACAUGGAAAAAUGUCACAAUGAAUCACUCGGAAUUUGCACCAACAAGAAUAUGGUGUCAUCAAGCUUGCAAAGUUGGUAAUCAUAUAAUUGUAUUGGGUGAAAAAAAACAAACAACUCGUCCAAAAGACAUGAGUAUAUCAGCUAAAAUAUUAUAUCAACCAACAGCACCAUUACGUGUUAAUCCAGUAGCACCACAAUUACGACGUAAACCAGAUAUAAAAAUUGACAGAGAUGAAAAUGUUAAUGGUAAACAAGGAAGAUUUACAGAUAAAAGUGGACCAUCAAAAAAUAUAUCUGGUCAUCAUAGUCGUUCACCAAUGGAUAAUUCAAUUGAUCAAAAAUGGAAAAAUGGAUUAAAUCAUGAUAAUAAUCAUCAUAAAAAUAAAAUAACAAAUCGUCAACGACAAUUAGAAUCAUUACGUAGAAUGGAAGAAAGAAUACAUAAUAAAAAUGCAAUACAAAAAUUAUUAAAACGUCGUAAAGAUAGAUUUUCAAUAUUUUGUUUAAAUAUUAAUACAAUAUUUGAUGAUAAAUCAACUGCCAAUUGGAUUAAAUAUCCUGAUUUUCCAAAUAUUGGUCCAGAAGUACGUAUACUUUAUUCACUUGUACUUGGUAAAGGUGAACUUAUUGUAUUUGGUGGUAUAAGAAAAGAAUUAAUGUCUGUACCAGGACAAACUGAUGACAACGAUUCAGAAGUAUACAAUGAAGUACUUUUUAUAAAACCACCACAAUAUGCAAUUUAACAACAGCUUUUUUUUAAUAUAUAUAUUAAUUUUUUUUUAAAUACUAAAUCAAAAUAAAAUUACGUGCAAAAUUAUUAUUUAAAAAAAAAAAAAAAAAAAAAAACAAAUUCUAUUUAUUAACAAAUAAAUAAAUUUCAUUAGUCAAAUAAAAAUGAUUACACAAAAUACAAA